AUGCUGAUCGGCAGUUUAGUACUUCUGGGAAUAAUUUCUCAGACCCUAAGUUCCGAACCGGUGCUCGAGGAAGAUAAAAAACAGCGCUAUUCAAGAUCUGUGGUGACUAUGGACGAAUUGUUAGUACUGGAGGAUUAUUUGACUGAAAAUCUGGGAAACUUCGCUGAAUGGCUUUCCCGGAAGGCCAUAACCAUACGAUCGGGAAUCUACCAGAUGAAGAAAAGGCACCUGGCUUACAGAAAACAUGUGUUCAAUCCGUUUGAGAGUUAUUCCCUCAUUCGGCACAUGCAAUCGGAUUGGUUAAUGUGGCAAUUGUUCCUCGAAAAGCCUGUUGGUCAAGACCAACUGGCUUAUGUAGAGUCAAUAAAGUCUAAGUUGCCACAGCAACAUGACUUUUUCGAUGCAGCUGAAGGGUUAAGAAAACUGCAAGCGACAUACAUGAUGGCAACUAAAGACGUAGCCAAGGGCUUGCUAGAUGGUGUGCAAUACAACUCUUACUUGGCAUCAAUUGAUUGCCUUGCGAUGGCUAAUCACCUUUUGGAUGAAUGGUGGUUGCCAGAAGCCGAGGGAUGGAUUCUUUCAGGUAUCGAAGCUCACGAUCGUGGAGGUUCCCAAACAGAGAUGCAGUUGCUGAGGGGUCCACUAAAAACAGAACUCUACAGAACCCAGGGAAAGGUGCGAAACGAUCAGGAAAAUUAUAUGGGUGCCCUGCAAGCCUAUCAGACUGCCCUUAAACACUCGCCCCAUGACUCAAAAAUAUUUAUGGAGUAUCGAAACCUGGAACGAAGAGUUCUAAUGUUAUCAGGAAUCGAACCAGAAGACGAAGAGGAGGAGGCUGACGACAUUCAAUUUCUACCGGCCUGUUGUAGUGGUCGCUGUGAGGUUGUCCGACAACUCAAGAGGCUUUAUUGCGUGUACAACCAUGUAACUGCCCCAUUCCUGCGGCUAUCCCCCAUCAAAACGGAGAUUCUCUCGAUUGAACCCUUCGUGGCGUUCCUACAUGAUAUGGUCUCCAAAAAAGAGGGUGCUCUAAUACGAUCUUCCAGCAAAAAACACUUGUUGCCGUCCGCCGUAGCUGCGGUCGAUGCACCUAAGGAAGAAUACCGGAUCGCCAGCUCUCGUACCUCCAAGUCUGUUUGGUAUCCCAACGACUUCAACAACGCGACCUUGAAGAUAUCUGAGCGCUUGGAAGAAGCAACUGGACUGAAUAUGUUUCAUACGGAGUAUUUUCAGGUCAUGAACUACGGAUUGGGCGGCUACUUCGAGACACAUAUAGAUAUGCUGCUCUCAAACGAAACCAGAUUCAACGGAACCCGAGAUCGUAUAGCUACCGCACUUUUAUAUUUAAGUGAUGUCCCCCAAGGAGGUGGCACCCACUUCCCAAAACUAAACCUCACGGUAUUUCCCAAGGCAGGAUCGGUGCUCUUCUGGUACAACUUGGACUUCAAGGGGAAUGACGCCAUGAAUACCCUCCACACAGGAUGCCCGGUCAUAGUGGGCUCAAAAUGGGUUGUCAGUAAGUGGGUCACAGAUAUGGGACAAGAGUUCAGAAGGCCCUGCACUGAAUCGAUUUCAAACGCUAAACACUUUAACUCUGUUGAAAAACUUUUAAUGUAA